CUUUCUUCAUCGUCUUAUCGAAACCCACCUGCUCAUAUCCUUUCUCUCAUAAGCUUUACCCCGGUCAAGGUGAACACACAAUGCCGCAUCUAAUCCUCAUCGGUACUCUGGACACGAAGCUGCAGGAAUUCCUCUACCUGCGAUCACAAUUACAAGAAUUAUCUCAGAAUGCGUCGACGCCUCUUAAAAUCACCCUCAUCGACUGCGGUCGCACGCCAAUCCAUCACGAAGCAAUCACAAUCUCACAACCGGACCUGGUGAAAAGUUACGGCCCAGCAGAUGCAUUCGACUUCAAAUCCCCACCACGGGGAGAGAUCAUAAAGUACAUGACUCGCUGCACUUCGGCAUACGUGGAACAUCUCAUACGAAAAGGAGACGUGGACGGGAUUUUGAGCGCGGGAGGUUCAGGUGGGACCUCACUCGUCUCAGCAGUCAUGAGAGAAGUCGCACCUCUCGGGAUGCCAAAGCUUAUUGUGAGUACGGUGGCAUCCGGGGACACAGGUCCUAUUGUGGGAGAAACAGACAUCACAAUGAUGUAUUCUGUCGUUGACAUCGCGGGGACAAAUGCGAUGCUUAGGGAUGUGUUGGGGAAUGCUGCUGCUGCUAUGUUGGGCAUGAGUACUGCCUAUGAGAAGCGCAUGUUGGCCCAAAAAGACCUCAAACCCGAAUCAGAAAGGAAGUUGCGAGUCGGUGUCACGAUGUUUGGAGUUACGACGCCUUGUGUAGAUACCAUCCGAGAAUAUCUUACGUCCAAAUAUCCAGUGGAGGUAUUCGUCUUUCACGCCACAGGUCACGGCGGGAAAGCAAUGGAACGUAUGGUCUCUGAAGGUACCUUGGACGCAGUAUUGGACGUCACAACAACGGAGAUUUGCGACUGCCUUUGUGGUGGAAAUAUGAGUGCAGGCUCCUCUCGACUCGAAGCGGCGCUGAAACAGGGAGUUCCGAACAUCAUCUCGGUUGGAGCUACGGAUAUGGUGAACUUUGGGCCAAAAGGCACUGUCCCAGGAAGCUAUAAGGCGAGGAAGCUGUUGGAGCAUAAUCCGACCGUCACAUUGAUGAGGACUACAAGGGAGGAAUGUAGGAUGAUUGGAAAUUUUAUAGUUGAGAAGAUUAAGGGGUUUGCGGGGGAGCGGGAGAAAGUGGAGGUUUGGAUUCCGAGAAGAGGGGUCAGUAUGAUUGCUACCCCUGGACAGGUGUUUGAGGAUCAAGAUGCAGAUGCAGUGCUUGCAGAGACGCUCAAGGAAGGGUUGAGGGGGACUGGUGUAAAAGUUGUGGAGGACAUGAGGGAUAUUAACGACCCCGGCUUUGCAGUUGAUAUGGCGGAAACUCUGAUGAAAAUUGUUUAUAGAACGAAGUAAAGAACGUUAAAGAAGACGAGAGAUCUUUCCGAGAUCUAAACACGAAAUUCAAGCGAGAUGAAAAGGGGUUCAGGAG